AUAUAAGACCGGUCAGCUGACUGCGCAUGGGCGACAGAGCAGAAGCAAUUAAAAUAGUGGCGGUAGAAAAUAGCCCGUUAAUCAAUGAUUGUAUGACUAGAUAUACUCAAUAACUGCUUUAUAGAAUCUUAAAAGUUUCCAUAAACAAGAUAAAUAUGAAUCUCUGCCUACUUCCUUUGAUAUUCAAUAUUUUCUUAACUGCAGUUAGCAGAGCCCACCACAUAGCAGACAUAAUCUCAAGAUUCGAACCUCUUAGUUACUCGAAAGAGCAUUUGAGAAAUCAUAGAUCUCGAAGAAGCGUCGAUGGAUAUUUUACAUUCAAACUGCAGAGCCCUAAUAGAAGUUUUAACCUUCAACUAAAAUCUGAUAGUGCAGCUUUUUCGGAUGAUUUCAUUUUAGAGGGUUCUUCUAAACCGAAAAACAGUAAUCACUUUCAUCAUCUUUAUACUGGUAGCGUUCAAGACCACGAUGGUUCAUCUGUGGUCGGUUACAUUGUUGAUGGUGUAUUUCAAGGACAAAUUGAUUUGGCUAACGAAACAUUUUACGUUGAAAAGUCCGCUAAAUUUUUUCCUAACGAGAAAAAAUCAUUUCAUAGCAUUUUGUAUAAGGAUAAACAUGUAAAUAUGAAACGAUUCAAAAGGAGUGCUGGAUUACGGUGUGGAAAUGACGAAAGUCGACAAUGGAUGGAGAGUAUUCAGAAUUCAGCAGCAGAACGUACAAAGAGAUCAACCAGACAAGCGAAUCCGUAUAGCUGGCAUGCUAAUCGACAGAAGAGAUCAAUACCUGAUGGGUCUAAUACUUGCACACUGUAUCUACGAGCUGACAUUGAGCUUUACGAGAAAUAUAAAGAAUUAUUCGGAUCAAAUGCGGAAGAAGAAAUUAUGGGAAUGUUUCAUAUUCAUGUGACAAAUCUUAUAUCGAUUUAUAAUAACUCACAAUUUGUGGAUACCAAUGGCGUGGUAUACGCGGGUAUAUCUUUUAGCGUACGAAGAGCAAAAAUUGUUACUGCCUGUACACCAGGAGAUGUUGACGAUUGGAUGUGUAAGAAAAACAUAGACGUCAAUAACUACUUGAACUAUGCGAGCUUGCAGAAUCAUGAUGACUUCUGCUUGGCUUUCGUUUUCUCUAAUAGAGAUUUUAACGGUGGUACUUUGGGUCUAGCUUGGGUGGCUAGUCCGAAUAAUCAGGCAGGGGGAAUAUGUGAAAGAUAUAGGGAUUAUGAAGAUGGUAAAGGGAAAAAGACGAAAAAAUCUCUUAAUACGGGCAUUGUUACUCUUAUCAACUACGGACGCUUUGUCCCCCAGAAAGUCUCAGUGUUAACUUUCGCUCAUGAAAUUGGUCACAAUUUUGGAUCACAGCACGACUCUGGAGUAUGUAUUCCUUCGGAUAGCGGUCAAGGAGGGGGAAACUUUAUUAUGUAUGCCUCGGCAACUGACGGAACAGCGAGCAACAAUAAUAAAUUCUCUGAAUGUAGCCUUAAGUACAUAGGGAGUGUUUUAAACGCAGUCUUCAAUGGUAACAGUAAAGAAAACUGUUUUACCAGCCCAGUCGCAGGUUUCUGUGGUAAUAAAAUAGUAGAAAAGGGUGUUAAAGGCAAUAAUGAACAAUGCGAUUGUGGUUAUGCGAAUGACUGCAAAGAUAAAUGUUGUCAUGCCAGGGAAAGUAGUUCCAAAGUGGAACAAUGGUGUAAAUUGAGGGAUAAUAAGGACUGUAGUCCGACUGCAGGUCCUUGUUGUAAAGAAGACUGUACAUUUGUGAGUGACGUGCAAUGUGCAGCAGCAACUGAGUGUGCUUUUGAGGCUAAAUGUAACGGAAAAACUGAAAAAUGUCCAGAUCAAAGUCCUAAAGCUGAUCAUACUCUUUGUAAUGAUUUCACGCAAGUUUGCAUAAGUGGUUUAUGCACGGGAUCUGUUUGUCAAAAGAUUAAUUGGACUCAAUGCUUUUUAAAGAAACCGUCACAACCUUCGAGAGAUUACGAUUUUGGCGAUUUAUGUUAUGUGGCAUGUAGAAAGGAUAGGAAUUCACCUUGCGUUAGCUCAAAUUCUGAACAAUCAGUAUUGAAAAAACAGGAGAAUUUAGAAUUUUAUGAAUUGCUUAAAAGUAUAUCUAAAGACGAUAAAUUGGCCAUUAAACUUAGAUCAGGAGCACCCUGCGACGAUUACAAAGGGUAUUGUGAUGUCUUUCAAAAGUGCCGUAGUGUGGAUGCCGAAGGUCCGCUCUCACGACUAAAGAAACUGCUGUUUAGUGAGGAGACUAUUGCAACAAUAAGAGAUUGGAUAGUAAAAAAUUGGUGGGCUGUUCUCUUGAUGGGUAUAGGACUCAUCAUUUGUAUGGGAUUGUUUAUAAAGCUUUGUGCUGUCCACACACCCAGCUCUAAUCCUAAAUUAAAAGCAGCUGUUACUUUGAAACAAACCUUGACUUUCAGAAGAAGACAUAACCGUCAUCCGCAAGGUCCUCCACCCGCCUAUCAACAAGCUCAGAGUUCAGCUGGUGGACCUGCUCAGGGUAGGAGAAAGAAGCGCGUUAAUGAGAUUCCCAUAGACCGUAUAAAUAAGGGUGGUAACCGAGUUUAA